CAUGUACUGCAUUACGAAUUAGGUUAUCAAUCUAGUUGCCUUGCUUUGGUGCGUUGGACGACAAGCAAACCAUUUUCCCCAAUAUGAUUUUCCGUGUUUGUGUUUUGAUUCUUUUCUCCUCCAUUCAUCUCUGUGUGUGCAUGGAGGAUCGACUUCAAUAUCUGGAAAGACUAAUCGUGCAACUGCAGGAAAAUCAACAAAUAUGGAAAAAGAGAUGGUUACAGUCAGUCAAGAAAACGCGAAAUUGAGAGAAAUUGUUGAAGACUUAGAAACUCGUUUGAAUUCCCAAGAAAACAGAAUAAGAAUAUUGGAAAAUGGUAUUGAAGAAUGUCAAGGCAAUAAUAAGGACUUAAACAAACAUUCGAAUAAAACUAAAAUAAUGAAGACAUCAGAAGAAACAAACUUAAAAAUCCCAACUAAUCCACCCGAGAGGCAAUCCAACAGUCUGAAGCGCAGCACUGAUGGCAGAUCGAAACAUCCAAAAACAAAUCCAACAAUCCGCGAUUCAGAAAACAUCGCCUUCUUCUCCUUCCUGAGCCAAAGCCAAGACACUCCAAGCCAUAGUCAUAUAAUAGUGUUCGACUCUGCUCCUACAGACCCAGGAAACCACUACAACAGAUUCUCCGGCAUAUUUACAGUACCAAAAUCUGGAACUUACGUCUUUACAUGGACAAUAUACUGCGAUUAUCACGGAUUUCUCAACACUCAGCUAAUUAUAAACCAAGAUGUAUUUGUCAGUUCAUACUGCAAUGCGGACGGUGUAACUUGGUAUAAGUCCUCCACUGCAACUGCCGUAGCCAAAGUUACGCAAGGAGAUGUUGUUUUUAUUCGAACCCAUUCCUCAGAGACAAAUAAAGGGCAAAUACUUAGCAAUCACUACCUUAAAACUACUUUUGCAGGCUGGUUUUUGUUUUAGAUCAAUUGAUGAUAAUAUAUUGCGUUACUUUAAAGAUUAAAUGAGCUUCACAUAUUCUUCAUUCAUGCAUUAUCCAUGGACGUAGGAACCAGGGAGGGUUGUGUGCCCCCAAUAAAAUUCCCGAUAUAUAAAAUAUUAUACAAAUCUAAGCUAUAUAUGCUUGUGCAAUUGUGCCCAUCAAUA